AUGCCUCUUAAUAUUGAUCUAAACACUCCAUAUAUUGAUCAUGAAAUGAUGGAAUGCAACAUAGCACCAUCCAUUAAUCUAAAUGAUCCUUCUUCAAGUAAUUUUAACUUGUCUUUUAAGGACCUACAUGGUAGUUCAUCAAAUGAAGAAUACAUGGAAGAAGCUAAUAUGUUCAAUUGUGAAAAUGAUUUUGAACAUGGUUUUUUUAAUAUUAAUGAGGACAUUGAUGUUGAUGCUUUAUAUUCAAAUGAAGUUCAUGUCAUGGAAGAAGAGAGUGAAUUUAUUCCAAAUGAAGAAGAUGGAGAGGAGACUGAAUUUAAUCAAUAUGAAAGUGAUGGAGAAACUGAAAGUAUUGCAGCUAUGUCCACAAUGGUUCAACAUGAACCUGAAACUUUUAGGAAAAAAAGAUCAUUUUUAAACAAUGAUCAACGGAAAAUAAUUGCUCAAUUAUUGAUAAAGAAUAGUUGUGGUGGAAAACUAAAAUCCGGAACUGUUAUAUGGUUGACAUCCAAAUACUCGGUAUCCAUCGAUGUUAUUUAUCGAAUUUGGAAGCAAGUAUCUCAAACAGGUGAUGCGUCUCAUAAAAGAACAAAAAAUUGUGGUCGGAAAAGAGUUGCGGUAGAUAUUGAAAAAGUGCGGGAUAUUUCGUUAGCUAAACGUAGCACUCUUCAGAGCCUCGCAUUUGCCUUGGGCAUUAGCAAAACAGCAUUGUUUAAGUUUGUAAAGGAUGGGACUUUGCGUCGGCAUUCAAAUUCUCUAAAGCCACAAAUGAAAGAUAGAAAUAUGAAAGAUCGUCUUAGAUUUUGCUUGUCCAUGCUUGAAGAAACUAGUCUUCCUCAUGAUCCGGAGUUUAAGUCUAUGCAUAAUAUCGUCCACAUAGAUGAAAAAUGGUUCUACAUGACCAAAAAAUCAGCUAACUACUACCUUCUUGAAAAUGAGGAUGAGCCAUAUCGCACAUGCAAAAAUAAAAAUUUUAUUGGAAAAGUCAUGUUUUUAGUAGCAGUCGCUAGGCCUAGAUUUGAUGACGGUGAUAAGGAGAUAUUUUCGGGAAAAAUUGGCGUCUUUCCUCUUGUUCAAAAAGUUGCAGCAAAAAGGUCAAGUAUCAAUAGAGCUUCGGGUACACUUGAAACUAAACCGAUUACUUCUAUCACUAAAGAAGUUAGUCGAAAUUUUCUAAUCAAUAAAGUGUUACCUGCAAUUAAAGAAAAAUGA